AAUCAGAGGUGGCAAUCAUGGUCUCUAAAUUGGUUGAGGAGAUGGAUGUUCGGAUAACAGCUUCGAGAAUAUACGAACAAAUCAACAAAGACGGAAUUCCAUCCUGGCGUCCGGUUGCAAUUCUUGGUCAAUGGGCACAAGCAUCAACACCAAGUACACCACAAAGUGACCUUUUGGAUGCUCUUGCUGAACUUUUGAUGCAUCCUCAAUGUACAGAAAUUGUCGCUCAACAUGCAGGACCUCUUCUUAUCGACUUAUUUGCCAAAAUCUUACAUCGAUUUGAAGCUUCUUAUACUAUUACUUGGUCCAAUUGGCAGGUAAUACAUGCAUUCUAUGCUUUGGCCGUCCUUCUUCCUUCGCAUCCCGAGCUGCAACCGCUCGUACUAGACAUGCUACACCUGCCACAGCUAGAAUGGUUAACACCGCAAAAUUUGACGCAAAAACAGCUGGGACCCAUUUUUCUUUCCAGCUAUCGGAUUAUCAAUGUAUCGCCAAUCACAAUUGAGGAAUCACCACACUUUCUCUCAACGACAAAUCUACUUUCGCUUGUCCAACUUCAGACUACUACUCCAGCUCUUCGACUUUUGGCGAUUCGACUACUUGCUCGGAUAGAAAAUGUUCCGGAAAGUACGUUAAAUGCCCUCAUCUCUCAGCAUGUCGGACAGCCGGGAACGAUCGGUAGUCAGCUGAAUACCCCUCUUGACGCUUCGCUGCGGGUUUACAUGCCGACUUCGAACUAUGAUCAGCCUCUCUUGGUGGAAGAAGUCGAUCUGUGGGUUUUGCCUCUGCUUGAGAUGGAUCGGAUACAGCAGACAAAGGAGCGAUUCCAACAACAAGGCUCCCCGAUUGAAGAGCAGUCGAGUCCAUCGAUAGAACAAUUAGACCAAACGUGUAUGGAGAGUACCUCAGUGCUUUUCGGUGGAAGAUUUUUCUAUCGCACAAACGUCGACAUUGAGAAGAAACAGCAGUUCAAGGAGACUGAAUCGCUUCAGCCUGUCUUAUCUGCUCUGUCAGAAAAGUUGCGAAAACGAUUGCCAAUUCUUAUUUCGGGUCCUGAGGCAUGCGGAAAGACUUCACUCAUACGGCACAGCUGCGAUAAGAUUUCAAAUGACACCUCUACUGCUCCGAUCGUUUGGCUACAAUUAGCGGAUCAAAGUGGAAUUGAUGCAAAGUCUCUUAUUGGGUCUUUUAUCUCUUCGCCAACGAGGCCUGGUAAUUUUGAAUGGACAGAGGGUGCAUUGAGUAGAGCAGUUAGAUUGGGAAAAUGGGUGGUAUUGGAAGAUAUCGAUAAAGCAAAUGUGGAAGUACUUUCUGUCAUCAAACCACUAGUGGAAGGAAUGGCCGCUACCAAAACGAUUGGAGCAAGACCUUAUCUAGACCUAGGACCUCGAGGUAAAAUUCGUGCAGGGAAAGGAUUUGCGAUCUUUGCUACUAGGACGGUAGCACGUUCAGACGCUACUACACUGCCUGUACCGACAUUUUAUGGCAAUCAUCACUGGACUGAAGUUCGAAUGAAUGCGCUACGACAAGAAGAUAUCCUAGAUAUCGUCACAACAAAUGCCAAGUAUCUCUCGAUGGCAGAAGAUGGAUCGGUGGAAAGAUUGGUUUCAACUUGGUCAAAGCUUGCAAAUGCUGCUCUGACCACAAAGAGCACUUCCGUUCUGGCAAGCUCUUCGGCCGGCACUGCAAGGAUACCAUCAUUGCACGAUCUUUUGAAAUGGUGUCGACGAGUUGAUAGAAUGAUCGCCAAAGGUGGUGAGUCUGCUGCCAAUAACAUUGCUAGAGCACCUUUUGCAAAUCAGGCACUGCAAGAAGAAAUUGCAUUGGAGGCAAUCGAUAUCUUCCUUGGUGCUACACCACCGCCGCCGUCUGUUGCGGCAGCUGGUACAAAGCUAGAUGACGAUUCGGCUCAAAAGUAUGCACGGGAUAGAUUCAGCGUUCUUCUUGAAAUUCUGGCACAGGAGAUCGGCGUAGAGGCCUCUUCGUUGUGGCACAAUGUACGUGAUCGUAGACCAGAGAUGCGAUUACAAUCUGCAAAUGAAGAUGGAACCAAGAACAAAUCCAUUCAGAUUGGACGAUGGGAGGUGUUACAGGCCAAGAGACAUAAUUCUACUCUGAUCGCAAAGCCGUCUGCAUCAUUUGCAAUGACGGGAUCGGCUGCUCGUCUACUCGAACGAAUUGUCGCAUGUGUAGCAAUGAAUGAACCAACACUAUUGGUAGGUGAGACUGGAACGGGAAAAACGACUGUCGUUCAACAGCUCGCUGCCAUGAUGCAAAAGCCGCUUGUGGCGCUCAAUUUGAGUCAACAAACAGAAAGUGCUGAUCUUUUGGGUGGUUUCAAGCCAUUAGAUCCAAAAUUACCCGCCAUGGACCUUCAUAACGAUUGGCUAGACCUUUUCCAGAGGACAUUCUCCUUACGACGUAAUGCAAGAUACUUACAAGCAGAACGUAAAGCGUUGCAGUCUCAAAAAUGGAGCAGACUUCAUGCAACCUGGACAGAUUCAGUCCGACUUGCAUAUGGCAAGCUUAAAACGGAAAGCUUAUCAGAUGACACUUCAGACCAUAUCGAGGAAGAAGACAGCGAACAGCGAGCUCGUAAGACGAUGCGUACAUCCGAGCAAGGCGAUAAGCAAAACACUCAAAUGGAAAACGGUGACGCUCAAAAGGAGGAAGAGGCUGCUUUGCUUCAUGAAUGGAAGGGUUUUGAAGCCAGACUUUCACAAUUUGCCGCACAGUACACAGGAUCAAAGCGAGCUUUGGUGUUCUCAUUCGUAGAAGGGCCUCUAGUCAAAGCAAUUCGGGAUGGAACUUGGGUUCUGUUGGAUGAGAUCAAUUUGGCAACAUCAGAAACUCUUGAAUGUCUCAGCACGCUUUUACAAACGCCUGAGAGCAGUAUUGUACUAAGCGAAAAGGGUGACUUGGAACCUGUUCCUCGUCAUCCGGACUUUCGCCUCUUCGCUUGUAUGAAUCCAGCAACGGAUGUCGGCAAGAAGGAUUUACCCAACAAUCUACGAAGCCGUUUCACUGAAAUCUAUGCAAUCAGUCCCGAUGUUGAUCGUGAAGCAUUGAUCGGAAUUGUGGAGUCGUACAUUGGUGCAGAUAGUAUUGGGGAUCGUGGUGCGGUGAUGGAUGUCGCUGAUUGUUUUGUGAUGAUCAAACAGCUCACUCAUCAACAAAAAUUAGCAGAUGGCGCCAAUCAGCGUCCGCACUACUCUAUUCGUACUCUUGCUCGUGCUUUGACAUUCGCAAAGGAUACCUCAUCUGUCUAUGGACUACGCAGAGCUUUGUUUGAGGGUUUUAUCAUGGCUUUCACCAUGCUCUUGGAUCAACAAAGUGGCACUAUCGUCCGUGAUAUUCUGAAACGCAAUAUCCUUGAUCGUGCAAAGAACGCAAAAGCUGCAGCUUCAUUCGUCCCGCCAAGACCCGCUUCUUCGUCUACAUCCACUUCGCACAUACAAAUUGGAUCAUUCUGGCUUGAGACAGGAUCACAGCCAGCAGAGGAUGUGCCAGAGUAUAUCCUUACCACUUCAGUACAAGAGAAAUUGGUUGGUUUAGCGCGUGCUGCGUUAACAAGGAGAAGUCCUGUGUUGAUUCAAGGUCCAACAUCGGCCGGUAAGACGAGUGCUGUUGAAUAUCUCGCACGUAGAACUGGUCAUAGAUUCGUUCGUAUCAAUAAUCAUGAACACACAGAUCUGCAAGAAUACUUGGGAUCAUAUACCACCGAUUCACAGACAGGUCGAUUGGCGUUCCAAGAAGGACUUUUGGUUACAGCUGCCAGACGAGGUGAUUGGAUCGUAUUGGAUGAAUUGAAUUUGGCGCCCACGGACGUGUUGGAAGCUCUGAACAGACUUUUGGACGAUAAUCGUGAACUGCUUAUCCCUGAAACAGGUGAGGUAAUCAAGCCGCAUCCACAUUUCAUGUUGUUUGCAACCCAAAAUCCGCCUGGUUUAUAUGCAGGUCGUAAAGUUUUAAGUCGUGCUUUCCGCAAUCGAUUCUUGGAAAUUCACUUUGAUGAUGUGCCACAAGCUGAACUUCAAACAAUUUUGGCCAGAAGAUGCAGAAUUGCACCUAGCUAUGCAGACAAGAUUGUUCGUGUAUUCUUGGAAUUGCAAAGGAGACGUCAAACCACUCGAGUGUUUGAUACCAAGCAAGCAUUUGUUACAUUACGUGAUCUCUUCCGAUGGGGUAUGCGUCAAGCAGAAGAUUACAAUCAGCUCGCUUUGAAUGGAUACAUGUUGAUUGCCGAACGUACACGAAAGCCAGAAGACGGUUUAGUGGUCAAGCAAGUCCUCGAAGAAGUUCUCAAAGUGAAGAUUGACUUGGGUAGAAUGUAUGACAUUUUCGAUCAAGACCGCAUGUCAGCUCUUCUCGGUGCAAACUUGGCCAGCUCACUAGGCAAAGCAGUGGAAGGUACAGGCAUUGUCUGGACAUCUGCAAUGAGGAGACUUGUUUGUCUGGUCGCUUGCGCUCUACGAUACAGCGAGCCGGUACUGCUAGUUGGUGAAACGGGAACGGGUAAAACCUCAGUCUGCGAGGUUCUGUCGAAUGUCUUCUCUUCAUCUUUGGUCACAGUAAAUUGUCAUCAAAAUACAGAUGCUGCCGACUUAUUGGGAGGACAAAGACCGAUCAGAAAUCGUACUGUCUUGCGCGAAACUGCUCGGGCCAGCGGUUUGGCCAUUUUGCAACAGCAUAUGCAGGAGGGCAACGUCAUCUCUACUGACAGCCUAGAGGCAGUAGCUGAUGCUCUCUCCAAACUCAAAGUGGACGAUGUCGAGGAGCAAAAGCGUAUUGAAGAGGCACGCAUGCAAAUCAAUCAAAGUAUGGCUCUAUUCGAAUGGCAUGAUGGUCCCUUAGUAGACGCUAUGCGGAAUGGUUAUCACAUGCUUUUGGAUGAAAUCUCUUUGGCUGAUGAUAGCGUUCUGGAAAGACUCAAUUCUGUCUUCGAACCAGGCCGAACACUUGUUCUGGCAGAACGCGCAUCUUCUUCAGCCAGCGAUUCUGUCGUUAUCAAAGCUGAUGCUGCUUUCCAAGUCGUUGCUACUAUGAAUCCAGGUGGAGACUACGGCAAGAAAGAGCUCAGUCCGGCUUUGAGGAACAGAUUUACAGAAGUAUGGGUGCCAGCAGUCACUGAAAGGGAAGAUAUCUUAGCAAUCAUAGACGCGCAAUGGUCGGUCAAAGAGCUUCAACCGUUCGGUCACUCGAUGAUUGAAUUUGUCAAUUUCUACUCAUCGCAAAUCGGUGGAAGUAUGGAUAACAACAAUUCUUCUUUGGUAGGAUUGCGCGAUCUGAUCUCUUGGGCAGCAUUCAUGAAUAUGGUAAUGGCAAACAAUAAGAGCAUCUCACCAUCGUAUGCUUUUGCUCAUGGCGCUUUGAUGACGCUCAUCGAUGGCUUGCCCUUACAUCCAUGGAUAGCUGCCAAGCCUAAAAGACAGAUAGAAGCGCUGGUCAACACCAUGGUCGAAGAGCUUGUCCGAUUGAGUGGUUUGGAUGUUCAUGAAUCUCAGCAAAUCCGGUCAAAUUCUGAUUUACAGAUUAUGGAUCGCCCAGAUGCAUUUGGUAUUGGUGGAUUCUUGACCCCAAAAGGCCAUUUGAUGAACUCUUCAGGCUCGAAUGUCUUCAAUCUGCAAGCACAGACUCCAGCAAACAAUGCCAUGCGAGUGCUGAAAGCUAUGCAGGUGUCCAAUCGAGCAAUCAUGCUAGAAGGUAGUCCAGGAGCGGGCAAGACAAGUUUGAUCGUUGCACUUGCCAAUGCAUGUCGUCAUCCUCUGACCAGAAUUAAUCUGUCAGAUCAAACGGAAUUAUCAGAUCUGUUUGGUGCUGAUUUGCCUAUCGAAGGAGGAAAGCCUGGCGAAUUUGGGUGGCGUGAAGCUGCAUUCUUGCAAGCUAUGCAAAGUGGAGCCUGGGUACUGCUCGAUGAAAUGAACUUAGCGUCUCAGUCCGUUUUGGAAGGUCUCAACUCAUGUUUGGAUCAUAGAGGAACUGUUUACGUACCAGAAUUAGGAAGGACAUUCCAGAAACAUCCAAAUUUCCGCUUCUUUGCUGCUCAAAAUCCUCAACAUCAAGGUGGCGGACGUAAAGGUUUACCGAAAUCCUUCUUGAACAGAUUUACAAAAGUAUACAUUGAAGAAUUACGACAGGAUGAUUUCCUUGCCAUCAUGCAUGAGAUUUACCCAGCUUAUGGAGAAGAGAAGCUUCAAGCUAUGGUUCAUUUCAAUGAUCGUCUACAGAUCUUGUUGCGCGAUACAAAUGCGUUUUCCAAGAAUGGUCAUCCCUGGGAAUUCAAUUUGCGUGAUCUUUUACGUUGGCUAGAAAUGUCACGCUCGCAACUGGGACUGAUUCGAAAAGAACGCAGGAUGGAACCGAUGGAGUAUUUCAACAGUCUGUACACCCUACGCUUCCGUACUGAGCAGGACCGGAAGUUAGUUGCAAUGGUGGCAGCAGAAGUGUUCGGUCAUCAAGUAGAUGAAAGUGUACGACCUUGGUUCAAUGUUACGUCCACGCAAAUUCAGCUUGGACAUGUCUUGCUUCCGCGUACUGGGAGAGGUGAUCCGUCAUUGAGCGCUUUCGAUACUUUUACAGUGUCCCAAACCCAUUUAGCAGUAGCACAAGCGCUGGGAGAAUGUAUUCAGCUCGCAUGGCCUGCGAUUCUGGUUGGAAAAGGAGGUGCAGGCAAAUCUUCUCUAGUCCGGAAGAUGGCCCAAUUGAUGGGUAAACCAUUGCAAGAAGUCCGCUUGAAUGGGGGAACGGAUGCGAUCGAUAUCGUUGGUGGUUUUGAACAAGUUGAUUCACGUCAAGGCCGAUCAGAUAUCUUGAUGGAAUUGAAGAACCUUAUUGAUGCCGGAAAGCAAAAUUGUCUCGCAAUGACCGAGCAGCAAGAUCAAUUUUCAACGUGUAUGACGUUGAAGCAAAUGUCUUUCAUCCUGGACCAACAGCGGGAUGCAUUAUCGGCGAAUGAAUUCUUCAACCUUGAUUGGCAAAGGAUUGCAGAGGUGAACAAUCUACUUCUAUGUCUUGGAAUUCUGUCGCAAAUUGAUCGAGCACGCGGACAGCGGCUUUUGGAUACCAUUCAAAUCAUGGCUACCUCACCGCAGGAUAUUAAUGCGGAUAGCGGUCGUUUUGCUUGGAAAGAUGGGCCGGUGAUCUCAGCUAUGCGCAAAGGCCAAUGGCUUUUGAUGGACGAAGCCAAUUUAUGUCCAGCAUCGGUUUUGGAUCGUUUGAAUUCUUUGCUUGAACCUGGAGGUUCAAUUGUUUUGAGUGAACGUGGAGUCAUUUCCACUGGCAGAGCGGGUGAAACAAGUGCAAUUGAAAUCGUCAAACCACAUCCGGAUUUCCGAAUCUUCUUUGCCAUCGAUCCUAAAUAUGGAGAGUUGAGUCGGGCGAUGCGUAAUCGCGGUAUGGAGCUUUUCUUGGAGGAUUGGACUACUGUGAACCCAGCACUCAAUAUACAAGAAGCCUCUUUGCAGUGCAUCUCACCAUACGUCAGCGGAAUCACCCCGACAGGCAGAUUCUUGGAUCAUGAUCAACAUGCUGCGAUGGCGAUUUUGGGUCGUUCAAUCGGGCAGAUUGCGAUAGGAUACGCCUCCCAUUAUCAUGCAAGCGAGCUGUACCCUGCCUUGGACUGCUUACACGGUCAUCAAUCGCUCCAAGAACAGAGUUUUGAGCUCAAAAGCUCUUUAAUGCGCAAAGACGACAUCUCCGAAAAGUACCUUCGCGACAUCGGACCAGAUCUUCAAUCUUGGCCAAGUCUGUUAAACGAUCAAAGCAAUUCCAUUGAAGAGAGUAUUUCUCGCUUGAUGGGCAUCGUUGUAAAUGCAGCCUGCUCCCUUAUCGAGCUUCAACGCUAUCAAAGAUCGCAAGAGAGUGGCGCAGAGGAGAUGACCGUUCUAACACGCUCGGCAAUGAGCUUUGAUGGAGCUGAAAUUGAGCUCAUUGCAUCUGAAGAGAAGUACUUGUUUGAGUUACUCUGGACGAUCAUGCAAACCGUGUCUUCCAUUGGCUUUGGAGGUCAUGUUGAUAUCAACACUAUCAGCAAACUCGAGUCGGUUCUGGCAUCAUCUCUUUUCCUUGCUGGCAAGAAUGCAAGUCAAGCACGGGUCAACAACAGUGUAUCCCGUGUGGUGUAUAAUCAAAUGAGGCGAGAGCUUGUUCAUCUGAACAAAGCUUUCAACGAUCAAUUCGGGAAAGUUUUGACGUUACUCGAUGCAUCUGGCCGCCAAGUCUUGCUAAGAACGGGACACGCUUUCAAUCAAAUUUGGCAAGCCUUUCUACCAAAUACAAUCAAUGAAGAAAGUACACGAAUGGCAAGGAAGAUCCAAGAAGCAUGUGCAAAUGUUCGGGAAUAUGCACCUUCUGACUUGAUCGCAAAUGCAACAGAAAUUGUUGCUUUGUUGAUGUAUGAUCGCAGGGACAGAAGUGAAUUUGAUCAAAAGAAUCUGUCGGAGAUGGCAACUCGAAUCUUAAUUGCUCUGGAAGGUAUUGCACAAGCAGAACAGCCAUCAAUGCCCCGCACUUCUCUUGCACGACACGAAAGUGACAAUAUUCUAUUGAGCUUGAUCUUCAUUAAUAUGCAGCUACAGCACAAUGCGAUCAAGGCAAAGUCAUCUGCACAACUAUUGGAGGCAGGCAAUGGAAGCUUCCCGCUUUCAUGUGCUGUGACGAUGCAUUCCAUUCCGUUUGCAAAAUCUGAUCAGAUUGCACUUACCCGUGGUCAAUUUGAAUGGCUUGCCAGCUUGCCAAGUGCUAGUGUGGUGCAUGAUGGUGAAAAUGCUUCGACGCAGCAGCUAUUUCAACCGGUUGUGCUCAGAGCUAUCUUGGAUGCUUGCAAUUCUCGCGAUCGUAUCGCUCUGCAAGAUAUCGAAGCAAGACAUACUGUCUUGGAUCGGAUGAAGGAUUUGGUCUCUUAUCUCGCACCAGCCGAGCUAAUGCCAAGAUCACACAUAUGCGCAAAAUCGCUUGAGAACCUGUUGCAAAGUUUGGUGCCUUUCUUGUUGGAUGCUUUACAAGAUGAAGAAGAAUCGGACCUGUCGGAUGAGGUGCAGUCAUCGAUCCAAGAAAUCGAGUGUGCUACUCUACUGGGCCUUCCAGACGCUUUUUCAGCAUUGUUGAAGUGCAGCAACUUGAGUGCUCGAAUCAAAAACAUUGCAAACAAUUGGUUGAAUUGCUUUCAAGCCAUGCAGACGAUGCAAAGACAGACAUCCAAUAAUAGCAAGGAUGACGUUGAUCAGUUGCGCAUCCUAGGUUCUGCAUUCUUACACGUUGCCCUCGCGAUGUUUGCGCUCUUCGUGCCGAAUGUUGCCAUUGAUCCCGUGAUCACGCAACAAACCAAGAAAGACCUUCUCGAAUAUCAAAUCCAGCGUCUACGUGCAGAGCGAGCCGCUCUUGUUGCUGUUGAAUCGAGCGUGACAGGCAAUGUAGAUUCGGUCUCAAUCAAGAUGCUAGACCAACGAAUUGCACAGCUGGCCGGAGGACACUCAUCUCAACGAGUGGAGAAUAUGAUCGAGGGAGCAAAUCUUGCAUCACGCACCACAAGAUCUGAGUUUUUGAAUCAGUUGCACAGCGAGAUGUGGUCUUUCGUUGAUCAAAUCUUCACAAAGAAGAAUGUUCAGCAACUGACAGGAGCACGAUUUUCUGACGCACAGGCUACCAAUAUUCAAUCCACUGUUAAUAGCAUGAUUGUGCGGCUUCAAUCCCGUUAUGACGAUCUGCAGGAUCUCACUACACCCUUUUGCUCUGCAUUGUCUAUCGUUCAAGUUGGUCUAGGAAUGUUACGCCAAUCGGAGACACUGUCAAAGCGGUCUAAUCUGACACACAGAAUAGAUUCAAUGGUAGAGGCGCUGGUGACAUUCCCGACCAGUGCUUCCACGAAAUCAUUUUUGCAAAAAGAGGUGCCAAUUCGCCUAAAGCCAGGAUCUGCUUUUGCCGGAAUGGUGGUGCCUCUGAUUUUGUCCAAGCUGGAAGCGAUUGUUUUGGAUGUGCAAAACGGACAUCCCUUGCCAUCUAUUCUUGGUCCUCUUACAUCUUGCUACGAUCAGAUUUGGCAUCUUUGGACAUUGGAUCAGGAAGCUGAACGCCAACGUCGAGCGGAUGAAAGUAGUCUGUACAAAACACGCACUCUCGACAUUCAAGUUGAAGAAGAUGCUGAAUUGCAAGAAAAGGAGUUUGCCAAUCUUUUCCCGCAAUACCAAGACAUCAUGGAAGAAAUGGCAGAGAAAGCAGAAACGAAUGGCACCGCUUCCGAACCCAACGGAAAGAGAAAGCGCGGCAAGAAAGCAUUUGUGGAUGAUUCAGACGUGCAGCAAUUAUUCCAAUUGCACUUGACUCUCUUCUCAUCCGCUCAUACAGCUGCCUCCAACUACAAGCAGAGUCGUGUUGAGCAUGUGCAUCGCUUGAUGUUAGAUGAUUACGUCUGCAUGAGCGAAUCGCUUGACAAGCACAGUGCAUCUUUGCAGAUUGGGUUGUUGGACAAAGCCAGAAAAGAGGGUGAAUCGGAUGAGGCCACAUUGGAUAAGCUCGAUUUUUACGUUGAUGCAUGCCCUUCCGAGUCAAAGAAGCUGCAAACCCUUGUUUUGCAUGUGCAAGAACGCCUACGACAGCUUAUCAAGGAUUGGCCGGAUCAACAAGUUUUGCAGCAUAUCUUCGAACGAUGCGAAGCGAUGUUACAGCUAGAUACUAGUAGCCCUGUGAACAAAUUAUUGGCCGCUUUGGAAGGUUUGUUAGUGCAUACAGAAGAUUGGCAAAUGUAUGCCAGCUCAAAAACUACACUGCAGCCUCAAAGAGACGCUAUUACGUCCUUGAUUAUCGAAUGGCGCAGAUUGGAAUUGCAUGGAUGGAAGAGAUUGCUGGAAAAGGAACAAAGGCUAGCCUAUAGUCUAGCAAAGGAUUGGUGGUUUACUCUGUUCCAAGCAACUAUCAAAUCGGAUAGUGAAGAAGACAAUGAGCGAACUGAAUUAGUGACACUUUUGGAUCAAUUUUUACGUGGAUCUCCUCUAGGUCAAUUUUCAGGCCGCUUGAAUCUACUCAAAGCAAUGCAUUCCUAUCAUGUCCAUCUUGGUGGUGACAAAGGAUUACAGUUCACACAAUCCCAGAAGAAGGUUCAAGCCAUGCUCUUUAAUAUCAUCAAAUUCUUCUCUCAAUUUGCACCUACUGUGGAAGAGCACCUGGAUAAAAAGCGAGCAGUUGUUGAACGUGAGAUAGCUGAUUUUGUCCGAUUGGCAAGUUGGAAGGACACCAAUGUUCACGCUCUCAAGACCAGUGCUACAAAAACUCAUAGGAAGUUGCAUCAAUGCUUACGCAAGUUUCGUCAUGCAUUGGCAGAAAGUAUUGAUCCACUUCUUGCCAAUGUCGGUCCAACUAGAGAAGGCAAGAAAGCCAACGAACCCAUUGCGGUGAUCUCGGCCAGAGAUCUUGCACCACUACGAUUACCGACCAAUGCAUCCGCUCGUCAGGAAUGGCAUCUUUCAGAAAAAGAUGUGCCUUUGCAUUUGAUCAAUCUCGAAACCACUGCAUCGACAUUGCAUCGCAUAUUCAACACUUCAAUUUCUAAACCUAUGCAAAAUCAAAACUUUGCAGAAGGUGUAACAGAUCUAUCCAAUACAAUCGUUGAGCGCAGUUCUGCAUUAUCAAAAGCCACUCCAUUCACAGCCACGGAGGAGAACACAAAAUUGGUAAAGAAUCUUGAAACCCGCAAACGAAAAGCAUGGAGCGAUCUUUUGAAGGAGUUAAGGCGACUUGGAUUCACGACUACAGCUUGUGAAGGGAUGAGCAAUAAGUUCAUGUCAGAUUCAGCAUUCGUACUCUCGCUUGAGGGAUUGAAGGUUGACCAAGGCGAAAUGACUGCUCUCAUCAAUGCAGAAAACCAAUACUACCGUUUGUUGGCGAUGCUACCGCUAUUGCGAAGUGCUGUGUCGAAUCGAGAAAGAAAUCCAGAUGUCGACGCUGCUCAAUUGCAACUCGCUCUAUCUUAUGUCGAGAACGGUUUCAUGUUUGCAAAUGCAAACCGUUCAAGGUUGAGAGAUCUGAGAACGGAUCAUAUUUGGUUCAAGGCAGUCAAUGAAAGAAUUCAGCACCUUUUGGAAGCAGGCACGGUCGAGAGAAUCAGCGGAACGCAAACUAUGUGUGAGAAGAGCCUCUUGCUCCACGCUGAUUUCUGGGCAAGGACAACUGCUGGAUUGCUGGAAAUUGCGACAGAGGCACCAGUCCAUGCUCAAUUCUCUCCCGUGAAAGACCUGAGCGUCAACUCUGAAAUUGAUGAAAUCCAAGCUCUAGCUGUGAGAGCUUCUUCCCACAAAAAGAGCUUCUUGGACCUCGUCAAGGUAUCGCAAUUGAUGGAUUCCAGUCUUGUCACGAGCCAAGAAGUGGAGAGAGCUAAGGCUGCAGAGCAAGAUUUGACAGAGAUUAUUUCCUCCUUGGACGUCCUCGUUCAUCGAGCAGUCUCACUACGUGCUCUUACCAAGCCCAUGCUGGCCUUCUUGCAGAAUCAUUCGCCACAAGAAAAGAUUAUUUUCGAUGCUCAAACAGAUGCAGACAAGGGUGAAGAGUUCAUCGGCAAAAAGAGCGACGACUUGGUCUCCAGUAUCUUAAUCGUUGCACAAGAUCUUCGACAGGUUGGUAGAAAUGAUCGAUCAGAAGAAGAUUUGAUGAAUCGCGCCUUGACUGAAGAAACCAAAGCAGUUGCGUCUUACCAGCAGAAACUCCGUCUGAUGGACAUAAAGGAAGCCGUAUCGAAGGUGAUCAGCUCGGACUCAUUGGAAAAGGGAAAGAUCAAUUCCUCCGUCGUACAAAUAUCUCUACAGCGUUUGCAGCCCUUCUUAGACACCUACAUCAGUAUGCUGGAUGCGCUAGCUGUCCGUACUACACAGACUUAUGCAAGUUUGAUGGAUUUGAACGUGACAAUUUGCUCUUUGGUAAACACAUUGGCCAGUAAAGGCUUCUGCAAACCUCGACCACCAGAGCAAAAUCAAGAUGCAGCAGACGCGCAAAAUGACGAUGAUCAGCAAUUGGAAGAUGGUGGUGUAGGAUUAGGCGAUGGUGAAGGAGCAAAAGAUGUGACAGAUACUCUGCGCGAUGAUGAAGAGAUGGAAGAAUUGCAAAAAGAUGAAAAUGAUGAACAAGACAAAGAUGAAGAUCAAGAUGGUCCAAAAGGUGAAAAAAAUGCUCGUGAGAUGGAUCAAGAUUUCGAUGGAGAGCUUGGUGAUGUUGAAGAAGAAGAUGGUGAAGAUGGAGAAGAGGAAAAGCCAGAAGACGAGAAAGAGAUGGAAGAUGCCGUUGGCGAUGUCGAUCCUCUUGAUCUAGAUACUGUUGAUGAAAAAACAUGGGCAGGUAAAGACGAAGAAGAUGAAAAAGAUCAAGAAGGAGGAAAAGAUCAAAAUGAAAAAGAAAUGGACGGAAAAGAUGCAGAAGGCGAUGGAGAAGAACAUCGUGAAGCACCCAAAGCUAGUUCAAAAGAUGAUCAAAAUGGGGCUGAGGGAGCAGGUCAACGGGAAGAGAAGCGGGAAGGCAAAGAGGGAGAAGAAGGUCAAGAUGAAGAGGGUGGUAAUGAAGAAGAAGGAGACGAUGAUCAAAAACCCACAGAAGAUGAUCAAGCGGAGGGCGAAGAUGGUGAGGGCGAAGAGAAUGAGGAGGACCCGACAAAAGCAGAAGGUAUGGGUCGCGCGAUUGAUCAGGAAGCACAGCAAGGUGAUAAUCUUGAUCUGGAUGAAGAUUUGAAGAUGGAUGAAGAUGCUCAAAGCGUCAAGGAUGACGGAUCAGACUUUGAAGAUAUGGAUGACUUGUCAGAAAAUGAUCAACGCGACGAUCGUAAAGAACUUACGCCAGAUCUCCAGCCUGAUGCGGAAGAAGAAGAUGCUCAAGGUGACGUCGAGCAACAAGUCGAACGUGCUGAAGGCGAUGACGAAGAUGCAGAAAUGUCUGGUCAAGAGGAUGAUGAAGAGAAGCCAGACGUUCCUGGAGAAAAGGGCGAAGACGCGGCAGAUGAAGACGAUGAUGAAAACGCUCAAGAUAAUGCCGAAAAGAAACAAGAAGGGGACGAUGGUCCUCAACCCCAACCCUCUGCAGCAGAUCAAGGUUCCAUGGAUGGCCAAGCAGAAGCAGAAGCAGCCGCAGCAGGCGAUGCUGAACAAGAUGCGCCGGCGCAACAGGAACAAUCUUCAAGAUCGCAAUCUGGCCGACAACGUCAAGGUGGUGCAGCUGCAGCACAAAAUCAAGUUGGCGAAGAAGAGAAAACUUCGCAAGAUAUUGAUGAUUCUAAUUCUCUCGAAAGAGCAGAUCAACAGAACAGUGCUGAUGCAGGACAACAAAAGCAAGAACAAGGUCAGACUGCUCAAGAUGAUCCAACCCAAUCAGGACCUCAGGAUCAAGAUGAAGCUCCUGCGCGUUCGUUAGGUGACGCUCUCAAAGAUUUCAAGCGCAAUCUCGAUGCGAUAGAAGAACGUCUCUCAAAAGAAGCAAAACAGGAUGGUGAAGGACCUUCUGCUGAUGAAGAUGAAAAGGCUGCUGUCACCCAAGUAGAACAUAUUGACGAGGAUGAAGAUAGUGAGAUGCAAGCCUUAGGUGCCGCCAAAGAAGAAGAGGCACAGCAAAGACGCGCUGAUCUGACCGGAGCAAUGGACACAGGUGAUGACGAAGAGAUGAAAGAUGAACCUGAUGCUCGGCCUCCCGCAGAGGAGCAAGAAGAUGUGGAAGAUGCUACGGCAGAUCUUAUGCCCGAGAAAGACAAAUCUGAUGAUAAUGCAGCGAUGCCGAAGUCUUCACGUGGACUUAUGGGCACCGAUCUUCGCCAAGAUGAUAGAGAAGAGCCAGAUGUGCAAUUUGCUGAUGAAGCAGAGAUGGAAGAUGAAAAAGUCGAAGAGAUUGAAAAUCCUGAAGAUUUGGAGAUCGAAAUUCGUGCUGCAAUGGAAGACUUGGCAGAAGAGAAAGACGAUGAUAAGCGACUGGCUUUGGCGCAAGAUUUGUGGAAGAUGUACACGUCUGCCACGACUGAUUACGCUUUCACCUUGAGUGAGCAAUUGCGAUUGAUCUUGACGCCAACCAAGGCUACCAAGUUGACUGGAGAUUUUAAGACUGGAAAGCGGCUAAAUAUGCGCAAAAUUAUUCCUUUCAUCGCCAGUGAUUAUGUCAAGGAUAAAAUCUGGCUAAGACGCCAUCAACCUCAAGCUCGUGAAUAUCAAGUCUUGCUGUGCAUUGACGAUAGCAAGAGUAUGGCAGAUAGUGCUAAUCGUACUUUGGCCUUCAAGAGUUUAGCUUUGGUCUGUUCUGCCUUGCAAAAGCUUGAAGUGGGUCAAGUGGGCGUUAUGAAAUUUGGACGUCAAGCAGAAUUGCUCAAAGGAUUUGAAGCGGGUAGCUCCGAAACCGUUGGCGACGUUCAAGGAUCACAGAUCUUUGCCAAGUUACCUUUUGAUCAGAAAGGUACCAAUAUGUUGCACUUGCUGCGUAACAGUUAUGAUGUGCUGGUCGAUGCAAGAGCGCAACAUGGACAAUCACAAAGUGCCGGGCCUUCACAACAGCUGUGGCAAUUGCAGAUCAUCAUCUCUGAUGGAGUAUGUCAAGAUCACGAAGGACUGCGUGCAAUGCUUCGACGUGCAGCUGAAGCGCAUAUCAUGGUCGUCUUUGUGAUUCUGGACUCCAUUCAGCAACAGAGCGGCAAUAACAACGGCAAUUCAUCCAUCUUGACAAUGAAUUCGGUUGAAUACAAGAUGGAUGCUGCUGGACGUCCACAAUUGAACAUGAAGAGGUAUCUAGACACAUUUCCGUUUGACUACUUUGUCGUUGUGCAAGAUGUUGCUGAUUUGCCAGACGUGCUCAGCAAUACACUUCGUCAAUGGGCUCAACGGAUUGCUGAAAUGUGAAAGAGGAGGGACAUUAUACCAUUUGUACAUCAAAUCACACAUUGUAUAUUAUGCAUUCAAUAG